AUGUCCCGGCGCAAGCAAGCCAAGCCGCAGCACCUCCGGGCCGGACCGGACGAACCCCGGAGCGGCCUCUACCUCCUCCGCCAUGACGACUCCUUGGAAGGCAUGGAGAGAGACAACCCCAGCGGGACAGGAAGUUCUCCCUGCGGUGAGGACACGCAUGUUUGCCACCAAUGCUGCGCCGAGUUCUACACUUGGAGCGAGUUGAGCGAGCACCGGAAAUCCUGCGGCGAGGAUUGCUCCGUAUUAAUUGUGAGGGACGGUGAAGGCGAUGCCGCCAAGUCCCCGACGGGACCCUCGCCGGUCCCCAGCGUGGAAUUCAAUGACUCCUUGGUGGGAGAAUCAGCAGGAGAGUCGGCUGCCACCGAUAGCGACAGCUUGGACGAGGCUAUGGAGGUAGAACUUGGGCCGCAGGAACAAUAUGCCUCCAGCCCGCCGCCACCAGAUUCCUCAGAGACGUCGCAGGCUCUGCCGAGCACCAACGUGACUUUGGAGAUUUUACACAGCACCAGGGUGGCCGUUGCUCAAUUCACCCAAGGGCUGGGUGGCGGCACGGGAGGGCGGUCAGCCACAGCUGCCAUCCCGGUCAUUCUGGAGCACCUGCUGGCUUUGCAACAGCAACAAGUCCACCAGCUGCACCUCAUCGAGCAGAUCUGCAGCCAAGUGGCCACCAUGAACAAGCAGCCGAACAAGGAGACCUUGAACACGCCGCCAAGAGUCGUGCCCCUCAUGCCAAAUCCAUACCCCCCUCCUGGAAAUACACCUUCUAACGUCAAAAGUCAGGCUGCUAUUCCCGAAAAGUCACAAAAUCUUCCCUCACAUACUGUAUGCAGGCUGCCUGUCUUUAGAGAUGUUGUUUGUACUUCAGCUUCUUCCUCAGAAAACUCAAAUCAAUCCCUCUCUAGUUGUAGCGGCAUCUCUGCAUUAAUGCCUUCAUACUCUGGCUCCCAUCCAAUCACUUCUCAGGCUCUGAGCUCCCCAGGUCCUCUCGCCCUGGGGCAGGCCAGCCUACCCCUCCUGCCUCAAAGCCCCCCCAGCAGCGUCAUUUUCCCUAAUCCUUUAGCCAGCAUCGCCGCCACGGCCAAUGCGCUUGACCCACUGGCAGCCAUGAUGAAGCACCGGAAAGGGAAGCCGCCUGGCGUAUCGUUAUUUGAAACAAAGCCCAGCCCCGACGAGCCCUUCUUCAAGCAUAAAUGUCGCUUCUGUGCCAAAGUGUUUGGCAGCGACAGCGCUCUGCAGAUCCACCUGCGCUCCCACACUGGAGAGCGGCCCUUCAAAUGCAACAUCUGCGGUAACCGCUUCUCCACCAAGGGCAACUUGAAGGUGCACUUCCAGAGGCACAAAGACAAGUAUCCUCAAGUUCAAAUGAACCCUUACCCUGUGCCAGAGUAUCUGGACAACGUCCCAACAAGCUCGGGGAUUCCCUAUGGAAUGACUGUGCCACCUGAAAAAGCUGUCUCUUCAUGGCUGGAUAGCAAGCCUGUCUUAGCAACCCUGCCAGCAACGGUGGCACUCCCACUAUCCUCCACUAGAACCAGCAUUGAGGCUUCCAGUGAGGUUUUAAGUGUAACGCCAUCUGGUCAAGCCUUGUACCAGCCGGCUUCUGGUGAAUGUGCGUCACCAUGCCAAAGUGGCGGUGAGGCUCGAUUAUCUCCAGUUCCCGACACUGACCAGGAGCUACAGUCUAGCAAUAUGAAGACUGAAGAAGUGAACCCGCCGCUAAGCUGCAUUCAGAGCCUGAGAAGUACUCCCGUAACACAGACAACCAGCAAAACAUCUAUUGCUAUCACACCUGAACCUGUGACAUUAGCAUCUCCCUCGUCCACUCCCUCCUCACCUCUCCCAGUAAAGUCGGGAAACAUUUCCCCCGGUGGCCUCUUGGACUCUAUGCAAACCUCAGAAACCUCAAAGCUACAGCAGCUGGUGGAGAACAUUGACAAACAGAUAAGCGAUGCCAACCAGUGCACCUUGUGCAAGCGAGUCCUCAGCUGCCCGAGCGCGUUGAAGAUGCACUACCGCAUUCACACAGGUGAGAGGCCCUUCAAGUGCAAGGUGUGUGGCCGGGCCUUCACCACCAAGGGCAACCUGAAGACCCACGUGGGCGUUCAUAGGGAGAACCCGCCAGUACAGGUCCAACACUCAUGUCCCAUUUGCCAGAAGAGAUUCACCAAUGCCGUCAUCCUUCAGCAACACAUCCGCAUGCAUAUGGUUGGGCAAAUCCCAGACUCGGCUGUGCUGGAUCGGUUUCAGGAGAUGGAGGCCGAGAGCGAGAAGAACUUAGACAGUCCCAGUAGUAAUGAUCUCGCAGAUGAUGUCUCCUUUGAAGAGGAUGAUAUAGAAGAAGGACAGGAGGUAGAAAAUCUGGAAAGUCCUUCUAAAUCUUUGCCGGAGAACCAUCUGAAUGACUCCACAAUGAAGCUCUGCUCUUUAAGCAAUACAUUUAUCACAAAUGGCUAUGAUGACCAGUUACAGAUUGAAUGCUCUUUAACUGAGAAAGAGAUGGAAAGUCUGGGAACCACCAGCCCCCCUGCGACACCGCCUCUAUCGCCUGCACAAAGUACUGAGGUUCGAGAACUUUGCCCAACGUCUGUAAAGAACGAACAAGUAGAACCAUCUGCCUUUGUUGCCCUAGAACUGAAAGGAACCCAUGGAAACCCCCAUUUGGUGACCAGUGGGUCAACUAAAUCGAUAAAGACAGAGGUGAACGGUUACACGGAACCAUACCCGGCGUUCGGCAUCAACUUGUCAGCCAGCUACCCGUCCGUCACCGGCCAAGGAAUAGCCGCCCUGCUGGGACCACCACCUCCUCGUCGGGCGCCAAAGCAGCACAACUGCAGCGCCUGCGGAAAGAAUUUCUCUUCUGCCAGCGCCCUUCAGAUCCACGAGCGCACUCACACCGGCGAGAAGCCCUUCGUCUGCUCUGUCUGCGGCCGAGCCUUCACCACCAAGGGCAACCUGAAGGUUCACAUGGGCACGCACAUGUGGAACAAUGCGCCAGCCAGACGGGGCCGACGCCUGUCGGUGGACAACCCCAUGGCCCUGUUGGGCUCCGACGCCGUCAAGUUUGACCUAGCCGCCCGGGCCAUGCACGUGGACGCAGGAUUUUGGAGCCGCUACGCCAGCGCCAUCACCAGCAGCCUGGCCAUGAAGAACAACGAGAUAUCGGUGAUCCAGAACCGAGGUGCAACGCCUCUGCGCUCUAUAGCCGGCAUGGACAGAGUGAACGGUGCGGCAAGGACGAUCGCAAACCUGUCCAAGAACAGUGUUGAACUGGGGAACAACAGACAUUUUUCUAUGCUGAUUGAUGACAGUAAAUAA